CACUAACUCAUCUCUCCCCCCUCCCCCAAUUGUACAAAUACUAAAGAAGAGCAACCACAGGUCGAACACAUCAACGACGUCCUCCUCUACAACUCGUCCUACGCCGAUGGGCUCUACCCGAGCGCGUUCGAUCUGGGGACGGGCGUGGGGCGGAAUUUCCACUUCUCCGCGGGCGCGGCCGCGGACAGCGCGUACGAGUAUCUCCUGAAGCAGUGGUUUGAUGGUGUGUACGCUGUCGGAAAAGCGGCUGGACAGGACGAAGUUCCAUCCCAUCGCGUUCCAUGAGGUCGUCUUCGGCGGCAACUCGUACAAUGUCAUCGACUUCAACGUGCUGGAGGGUUGGAUUAGCUUCCACCAUUCGUUGCACUGGCUGCUGGCAGAGCUCUUCAAGCACGUCGACUUGCUGUCGGAGGAGUCGUUGAAGGCUGUCGGGCUCACGAGCGUGCGGGAAGUCGUCCUACGCUACGCGAGUGAGCAGGCAAUCCUGACAGUCAUCGACUUCCCAUUACGAGUGCUCGCCAUGAUCGCUCAGAUACGAACUGGUCUAUGGGUCCGCAACGGCUUCGCUAUCCGUGGUCAGCUCCUGCAUUACCGUGACUUCAUGUUGCGCGAGCUCUGCUACGAUCAGGACCUCUUCAUCCUCCAGACCGCCUUCAUCAUCCUCGACCCCGAGACCGUGCUCGUCACCAUGCUCGACCGCUUUGCCCUCACUAGCUACUUCUCGGGCGUCGUCACGCAUCCGGUUUACGACGGCGGACAGUUGGGCGGCAUGGUUGAGGAGCUGCUAUACGUGCUCAUCACGGUGCUCAGCGAGAAUGCGAAUGCGUCACGCCUGCCAAUACGCUUCGCUGUCCGCCGCGAGAUCGUGCACGCGCUUGCUAUGGGCCCGGCGUCGUUCACCGACCUGGUGAAACGCGUAGCGGAGCGCUUGGUCGACGACACCUGCUUCGAGGGCGUGCUGCACGAGGUGGCAAACUUCAAGGCACCGGAGGCGACGACAGACAUUGGGGUGUAUGAGCUACGCGACGAGUGCUUCGACGAAGUCAACCCGUUCUUCUACCACUACACGCGGAACAAGCGUGAAGAGGUCGACCAGAUCUUGCGCGCGCGGCUCAAGAAGAAGACGGGGCAGACGGACCCCGUCAUCACGCCCAAGCCGUGGGGUGUCAACUUCGGGCCCUUCGCGAACUUGCCUGCGACAUUCGAGUCCGAUGUGCUGCUGCAGAUCGUAUUUUACGCGGUGUACAACGUGCUCGUGUUGACCGAGUCCGCGGGCGCGACGCCACCGUCGGCGGAGGCGAUCUUGGACCAGGUGUUGCACAUGAUGAUGCUCGCCAUUGUCGAGCGCCCGACGGUGUUCGCGGAGAAGGCGGUGACGAAGACAUUUGAGGAGAAGAACUUGCUGGACGUACUCUGCGCGUUGGAGCGGAACGACUUGUAUAAGACAUAUCGGCCACGCAUCGACUGGAUCCUGUCGCGGAUCGAGGAGCGCGGCAUGUCUGGUGAGGUUGCGAGGCGGCGGCAGGCGCACGAGGGGACGAAGCCGGCGGAGGACCCGGAAGAGGUGAAGAAGCGCGCAGCAAAGGCGCGACAGGAGGCGAUCAUGAAGCAGAUGAAGGCGCAACAAGCGAGCUUUGCUGUGAACUUCAACGACCUGGAUGACGAUGAGGACGAGGAUAUGGAGGAUGCGACGCAGGAGACGACGUCGUAUGGGACGUGUAUCGUGUGCCAGGAGGACCUCAACGCCAACAAACCCUUCGGCGCGUUGGGUCUUGUUCAGCCGAGUCGGUUCAUGCGGCGACAUCCGGAUGCGAAUCCGGCCUACCUCAACGAGGUGUUGCAGACCCCGCCGUCACUGGAUCGUCCAAUCCAGACGAAACCUCCCAGAUUCCCGCCCGAAGAAGCUUUCUCCCGGACGCCUCCGCCAUUACCGCCACCAAACCUAGACGCCUUCCAACCAAGUUUCACCCGCUUCGGCCUCCACUCCUCCGUCUGCAGCCACAUGAUGCAUCUCGAGUGCUUCCAGGUGUACAGCGUCUCGAUCCGCCAGCGACACCGCGCGCAGACCACCCGCAACCACCCGGAGAGCAUCCCGCGGAAAGAAUACAUAUGUCCGCUCUGCAAGAGCCUCGGCAACGCCAUCUUCCCCGUCAUCGAUGCGCAACCCACGCCUGUUAGUCCCCUUCCCUUCCCUGACUGGAUCCGGUCCGCCAGUAUCAGCAUCCUCAAGUCCAAGCCGGAUCCGCAGCUCGAGUCCCUUCAGUUUCGCAACGGCACAGGCGAGUUCGUCUUUUGGGCGGCGCAGGAUCCUGCGUAUAGCACGGCCAUUCGUGCAGCGGACAAGCCUGACGCAGCGGAGACGCACAAGAUGUUAGACACGGUGAUGCACAUAUGCAAGUCUGUCUCCGCGCAGACGCGGCACUUGCGCGAUCGUCCGGAGCCUGACGCUGGGGAGCGGGGUGCUGGAAUCUACCUCCCGGAGGAGCUACUGGGGUAUACAAUUGCGUCGAUGGAGAUCGCGCAGCGCGGGCAACAGGGCACUCAUGCGGUGGUCGCUGACUGCUUGUCGGAACCCCAGGCGCGGAUGAUACGCGGAUUAUUGACGUGCUUGCAGAAGCUCGCUGCCUUGCAUCUGAAGGGCAGACCCGACGAGGGCCGGGAGGCCGUGCAGCAUGCGAUCAUCAAACGUUUGUUACCCGAAUGGAGUCGGACAUCCCUGACGUCCUUCUCGUACCCACUGCUGUUGCGCGACCCCUUCACGGUGCUCGUCGAGACCGCCGCCAUCGCGCCGGAGAUGCUGCAGUACGUCCUUGUCCUCACCUACUACGCCUGCCUCGCGCGCACCGUCAUCGGCCUCGUCUAUGUGCUCAACAAGACGCGGAGUGUUGCGACGAUGCAGUUGACCCGGCGGCAGCACGAAGGCAUCUUCGGCGACGUGCGCAUGUUCUUCAUGUCUGUCGUCCGCCACUCGCCCGUCUUUGAGCACACCGCGACGCUCGUGUUCGAGACCUUCGGCGAGGCGCGUAUCGAGCGGCUGCUCUACGCGUUCACUUUGCCGUUCCUCCGGCGUGCAUCCAUCCUCUGCCGCGCCGCUCUGCCCCGACAGUUCGCUGUGCCCGAGGGCGCGGGCAUGAGCGCCGAGUGCGAGUACUCGCGGCUGCUCACCCUGCUCGGCAUCCCGCCCCUAGCAGACCUCCCCCGCCAGGACACGCUCCAGAACGCGCUCUCCGGCUGGUGCGCGCACUACGGGCACUCGCACGCCGCGGCGCAGCUCAACUGCGGGGUCGUGCUCGACUACCCGGUGGUCUACCAGCUCGCGCGGCUGCCCGCCAUGCUGGACACGCUGUUCAUCGACCAGGAGCGGACGAUGCGGUGCGCGAGCUGUAAGAUGGUGCCGGCGGAUGCGGCGCUGUGCUUGCUAUGUGGGACGGCGUGCUGCUUGCAGAGCGACUGCUGCAAGGACACGGAGGGCGGUGGGGAGCACGGGGAGUGCAACAUGCACAUGAGGGAAUGCGGCGGUGCUAUCGGCGUGUUCUUCCUCGUCAAGCGCUGUGCGGUGCUCUACCUUUACGCCAACAACGGCGCGUUCACGCCGUCGCCGUACCUCGAUGCGCAUGGCGAGAUGGACUCGUCGAUGAGACGCGGUCGUCGCCAGUACCUACACCAUGCGCGGUGGGAGGACAUUCGCAAGAUAUGGCUGAAUCAUGGGAUACCGACGCUCAUCGCGCGCAAACUUGAGAGUACGGUGGACUCUGGCGGAUGGGAGACACUGUGAGGGUGGGCAGGUAGCGCCGCGAGGGCGAAGGAGGCCAUGUGUGAAGGAAGAAGUAAUGUAUUCCUGUUGUCCUUUUCCUCUGGCUAUCCAAACGCAAUGUAAUCUUCUCUGCAUCAUUCGCAUUCUUUGUAGCCUAAUCAUUUGUCUGCUUCGAGCUAUAGCAUAGAAUAUCCUCCUUCUCCCCCUGCCCUGAUCCCAGUCCCGAAGACAAAAGGUACGGGUGAUAAUUCAGGAAGACAAACAUUCGCUUCUGUCA